CCCUCCCUUCCCUUGCAUCCUCUCUCGUUUGCCGUUUUCUUGGUUUGAGGUUGGAGCACUCUGUCUGCUUCAGCUUCAUUUGGAUAAUUUUCCUAUGAAUCCCAAAUGUCCGAUGUGGUUUCCGAGCAAGUGAAGAAGUUCAUUUUUCAAUCCAGUCCUUCGAAAUCAGAAGAGGGAGAAGUAGAGACGUUGGAAAUCUUGAUUCCGGAGCAACUGCAGGCCAGUUAUAGCUUUUAUACUUGGCCUUCUGCUCCAGUCCUUGCCUGGUUCUUAUGGGAACGUCGGAAACAAUUGCCAGGAAAACACGUAGUUGAACUUGGUGCUGGCACUGCACUACCUGGUAUACUUGCUGCGAAAUGUGGCGCUGCUGUAACAUUAACUGAAAGCGCAUGUUUACCAAAAAGCCUACAGCAUGUUCGCCAUUGUUGUGAAGUGAAUGGUCUCCUACCCAAUCAAGUGCGUGUUCUUGGCAUAACAUGGGGUCUAUUCCUGAGUAACAUUUUUACACUGGGUCCAAUUGACCUGAUUCUUGGUUCAGACUGUUUCUAUGAACCUUCAAUAUUUGAAGAUAUUAUUGUGACUGUUGCUUUUUUACUGGAGAAGAAUCCAGACGCCCGUUUUCUGUGUGUGUAUCAAGAAAGAAGCUCAGAUUGGUCCAUCGAACACCAUUUAAAUAAAUGGCAAUUACGUUGCGAACAAAUUCCAAUUGACAAUUUAGGUGCUGAGAGUGGUAUUGAUAUUCAUGAACUAAUGCAGGAUCAUACCAUUCAUUUACUAGAGAUAACUAGAGUGCAAUAAUGGAUCAAUUUCCAUUGGCUUCUGAUUAUAGAUUUUAUGUUUAUCAUUCAGCAGACCAGUCAUCAACCACCCCUUUUUCUUCUAUGCUAAGUUACUAUCAUUUAGAGUUGAGAAAAUGGAUGAAAGUUAAAAAACAUUUGCAGUUUCUACCUUGUAUUAAAAGCUAACAGCUCGUCAUUUAAGCAAAAUUCUAUUUUUUAUACUUUAGGUUGUAGCUCUUGAACAUACUUAAGUUUGUUUGUAUAAAGAAUUUAUUUUCUUUCUGU